GUUAUUUUUAGCGCCCCGAGGUAUUUAUUGUCGGGCGGCGCGGCCAGGUGCCCGGCAGCGCGGUCGGCACCAUGGCCCCAAAGAAAGCCAAGAAGAGAGCAGAGGGCGCCAACUCCAACGUCUUCUCCAUGUUCGAGCAGACGCAGAUCCAGGAGUUCAAGGAGGCCUUCACCAUCAUGGACCAGAACCGGGACGGCUUCAUCGACAAGAACGACCUGAGGGACACGUUCGCCGCCCUGGGCCGCGUGAACGUGCGGAGCGAGGAGAUAGACGACAUGAUCAAGGAGGCGCCCGGCCCCAUCAACUUCACCGUGUUCCUCACCAUGUUCGGGGAGAAGCUCAAGGGGGCAGACCCCGAGGAGACCAUCCUCAACGCGUUCAAGGUGUUCGACCCCGAGGGCAAGGGGGUGCUGAAGGCCGACUAUGUCCGGGAGAUGCUGACCACGCAGGCCGAGAGGUUCUCCAAGGAGGAGAUCGACCAGAUGUUCGCCGCCUUCCCCCCCGACGUGACAGGCAACCUGGACUACAAGAACCUGGUCCACAUCAUCACCCACGGCGAGGAGAAGGACUGAGCCCGGGCACCCCUAAACCCCCCUACACCCCCCCACCCUGUGACCCAGCCCCCACCCGCCGCCUGCAUCCUCACCCUGUGCGGGGCUGAUGCAAAUAAACAAGGUCCGUGCGUG